AUGCCGUCAGUUUUGAAAUCUCAACCCCUGGUCAACACAAUCUCAGACAAUUACGAGAUUUUAAUAGUUCUGGGAGUGGGUUCCUUUGGACAGGUGCUGAAAUGUUUGAAACUGGACACUGCAGAGACUGUGGCUGUCAAGGUUUUGAGAAACAGUAACGCAGAUGCACUCAACAUGAGAGAGAUGCUCAUGCUGAAAAAGCUCAGAUGUAUGGACUCUGAUAAGUCCACCAUCGUCAAAUGCCAUGAAUGCUUUCAACGGAUGGACCGGACGUUCAUGGUUUUUGAAAUGCUGGAUAUGAGCCUCCAUGAGUACAUGGACAAGAGAGAAUGGCUGCCUGCACCUCUCAAUGGCAUAAGAACGGUGAUCAAAGACUUGGCCACAGCAUUUGAUACCCUAAAGGGUAUGGGACUGAUCCAUACAGACUUGAAGUUGGACAAUGUCAUGCUGGUGGAUCACCAGGUACAGCCGUUCAGGGUGAAGCUCAUCGACUUUGGCCUAGUUGUAAAGACCUCCGAAGUCUGCAAAGGACUUGUAGUGCAGCCUGUCUGGCAUAGAGCCCCUGAAGUUAUUCUUGGCCAGCCAUUCAAUGCGGCCAUCGAUGUUUGGUCUCUUGGAAGCAUAUUGGCCGAAAUACUCCUCGGUUUUCCGCUUUUCCCAGGAAAUAAUGCGUAUGAUGUGACACCCUUGGAGUUUCAGCUGGAAACAAAGCUGAAGACGAGUGAUGACAGGGAAUACACGUUUUCCUCUCUGGAGGAGCUGAAAACAUCAAGCACACACAACAAAACCAGCUUCCAGGCAGAAGACAGGAAGGCUUGUGUGGAACUUUUGCAGGACAUGCUCCAGAUGGACCAAAAGAAAAGGAUUACUCCAAAACAAAUCCUGGCCCAUCCAUUCAUAACCAGGAGCUACCUCAAUCUGAGCAAAAACUGUCUGUAUGGCACUGAAACUGUAGAAGCUGACAGUUCCAGCGAGAGGCCAGAGACUGAACAGACAAAAGUUGAUGGAUCCUCUGAACACUCCUGUAGUCUCAAAGAGCUGCCAGCUGGGGUCAUCGAGGUUCAGACCGAUGAGAGGACCAUACUGGUUGAAGAAGCCACCAAAGAGAGCAGUGUCAUCAGGACCCAGACUGUGCAGGGAGAUACCCCCAGCUCAGUGAAGGCUGAAAUUGCACAUGAAAUUAAACUGGAUUCAAUCACUGAUGAAGAUUGGGAAAUAAGCAUCGUAUCGGUUAUUGGAAAAGGCCAUUCCGAAGCUCCCAAGUCCAGCAGCGAAGAGACUUUGCCCGCACCUGUGGUCAGCGAGCCAAGGAAGAAAAAGAAGAAGGGAAUCAGAGGAUUCUUCUCCAGGAUGAGGAGGAAUUUCUUCUCCUGCUUCUGUGUGCGAGGAGUGAAGUAG